AUGGGACAGAAAUACCUGGACAUUCACCUGAGUCACCAGUUCACUAAGGAGACGAGUGAAUACUCUGACAGUGGGGAAUACACAUGUACAGCAACAAAUUAUUUAACUGGAAUUGAAACAAAAUCUCCAGUCCAUAAAUUAUCAAUAAAAGGUCAAGUUAGCAGAGGCUGUAGAGAAAAUAUGAAGAUAGUAAGUUGAUAGCAUUUACAUUUUUGGGAAACUUGAUACAAGAUGAUUCAGUCAUAUUAAUUUUGCAUUUCAAACCUUUUUUGAAAUAGUGCCUUUAGUUGUCUUUGUUAUGUUGUAAUUGUUACCCAUUUGUACUGUAUUGUGCAGUACUGCCUGUUCACUGUGUAGCCUUUCAUCUCUGCAUGGUUCUUUCUCUGGUCUCUGCAGUGGAGGACUCUUCAUCACCAGGACUGUCUGCUGGUGCCAUCGCUGGUAUUGUCAUUGGAGUGUUGCUGGUUGCAGGAGUGGCAGUUGGUGUUGCAGUGUUCUUCAUCAGGAAAACUGGGUGAGUUAAGAAACUUUUAAUUCAAACAAGUGUCUCUUCUAUCACUACAGUUAGUAGAAAAUGUAGGUUCUAUUUUUACAUUGAUCAAAACUGGUCACAAAGAGGGCCUGUGUAUUUCAAAAGCACUGUAUAUUAUGUUCUUAUAACUUCACUGUAAACUGUUAAAAGCACUGUAAUAUUAUCUUCUUAUAAUUUUCUAGACAGCAACCUUUCUAUGUUUAUUUUUUGUUUUAUAUAGAACCAAUGCUGAGCCAAUGCAUCAAGGAGGUGAGCAGACUGUAUCUUCAAUCUUACAGGUCAUUAUGGGAAAUCUAAUGAAUCAUGUUUUUUAAAUGUUGAUUUUCUAAACAUUUACAUUUUAAUUUUAGUCAAUUAGCAGACACUAUUAUCCAGAUCUACUAACAGUUUCCACAAAUAAUUUAAAUGGAUUCAGACAAAUUACAUGAUAUAGUACAACACCACUAUGUCUUAAUAGUGUAACCACUAAUGCUUAAUACUGUAAUAAUGCUUAUGCAGAAAAAUGCAGACAAGAUAUCAGCAUUUAUAGAACCCCUCUAUUUGUGUAUCUCUUACAGGCUCUCAACAACCUGUAUAUGAGAACCCAUCACCUGUACAUGAGAACCCAUCACCUGUGUAUAAGAACCCAUCUCCUGUAUAUGAGAAGCCAUCACCUGUGUAUGAGAACCCAUCAACUGUGUAUUAG